AUUUAGAGAAGUAAGAACUGAGAGACUGGGACUACUUUUGUUUCUGUUUCUCAAUAGCAUAAAACUUGAAUAAAAUCAUGAUCUUCGUUGGUGGGCUUUUUUUUUCUACUGAUUCAUCUUCAUCUUCAUCUCAGGGGAUCGAGACCCUUGUUACUUUAAUGGAAAACCCCAUUCUGGUGUCUGCCGCACGCUCUUUCAAUUCUAUUGAGGAGACUAAAGUCUCAUUUUCGGAGACCUCGACACCUAACAAAUACGUUUAUGUUUUCCAGAGAGAAUAUGCUACUGUUGACCCUUCACUUGUUCAUUAUGUUGGCACAGAUGAAGCAACAACCUGUGUGGGGCUUGUCAUUAGGAACCGGAUAACUAGAAUGACCUCUGUUGCUCAUUUCGAUUUUCCCAAAAUUGUGGAUACUGGACUCACCCAGAUGUUAUCACUAGUUGUUGACGGAAACCCUAAUGCUGAUUUGGAUGUGCAUCUAAUUGGUGGUUUUGAUGAUGUUUCACCCAGUCAUGCCAAUGGUAUCUCUACAUCAGAAUUGGAUGGCUAUUCCACUCCUUUGUGUGCCAAACUGAUUGAAACUUUGCAGAGGAGAAAUGAAAAGUUUCAUAUCCAAACUCUUUUUGUUCUUGGGCAUAACACCAAAAGGGAUUCUCAAGGACAUGCAUACCCUAUUUUCCACGGGUUUUUGGUAGAAACUUCAACGGGAUCUCUUGUCCCAGCUAGUUUUGAUAGAACUUCAAGAUGUCCUGAUGAAAUUGUCAGGAGAAUUAGGGUAACUUCAUCGUAUGAGGACACCAGUUGGAAUGGCAGGCUGCUGGAGACAUAUGACACUAAAACUGAUAGAUUUGUAAUAGCCCCAUGCUGCUGGACCCCACGUCAAUUACGUCCUAUUAUGACAUUGCAAAAUCUUUCUGAUGCUGAAGUCCUUGUUUCAUGUUCAACUUCACCUUAUGCUGAGGGUCCUGAUUUUGUGGAAACUCUAAGAAGGCAGUGGAAGUAUUUAGUGAAACACCCAGAUUGGAGAGAAUCGUUUCCUAAGAAGCAGCCGCGCAUUUUUGAGAGGACUGCAGAUGGAGGUUGGAGAAGGUGUUGA